CCAACCCGGGGGCCGGCUGUGCUGUCAGAGCUGCCCGUGGGGUUUGGAUGUACACUGGGGCUGGAGUUCUCCAGCUUUAGGGGCCCGACACGUUCAUGGGACCCGGAGGGCUGGCCGGGUAUUAUUCGAAUUUUUGCAACAAUUGUUCCCCGCCGACCAUGCCACAAUGCUGAUGAUUCCUCUGCUGGUGUUGGCGAGCCUGCUGGAUCCCGUUUGGCCCCGGGCCCGUUGCUCGCCUAGCCAGGGUUGUGACCCCCGGCAGCGGAGAGACGCCGGGGGGCGCGGAGGAGUGUAUGAGCACCUCGGAGGAGCGCCGAGGCGCAGGAAACUUUACUGCGCUACCAAAUAUCAUCUACAGAUCCAUCCUAACGGGAAGAUUGAUGGAUCACUGGAGGAGAAUAAUCCGUUCAGCAUCAUGGAGAUCACAGCAGUGGAUGUGGGUGUCGUGGCCAUAAAAGGGCUUUUCUCAGGCAAAUAUCUGGCCAUGAACGAUAAAGGAAGGCUGUACGCCUCGGAGGUUUUCAACAAGGAGUGUGAAUUUGUGGAACGGAUCCAUGAGUUGGGGUACAACACCUAUGCAUCACGACAACACUUCACAGAGCAGCCCCUGCCACCGGGAACAGGCAGCAGCAGCAGCAAGCGUCGGGCCACUGUCAGGAGGCAAUGGUACAUCUCCAUCAACGGGAAAGGGCGGCCGCGGCGAGGCUUUAAAACUCGGAGCACUGAUAAAGCCUCACUCUUCUUGCCUCGGGUGCUGGGCAACAAGGACCAUGAGAUGGUGAGGAAGCUGAGGGACAUUCAAGGUGCCCAGCACACGCAUCAUCAGCAGGGGCGGCGUGGUGAACGCCGGAGACGUCGGCAUCGUGAUAGGAAAGGUCGAGGUCGACAGCCUGAUGACUCAGCAGACUUUUAGAGGUGAGGUUGGAUUUCAUCUCCCUCUGCUACGACUCAUCUACACGGAUCCUUGAUCUCGGCACAUACUGCAGCUUGACUGCAAGGAAGGAUGUGAGAAAAUGUCUUGGAUCCCAAAUUCUGGAUUGAUGGAAGUUCUUGUUGGUGUACAGAGAUAAAGGGAAGUCAAUAAGGAAGGGGAACUCAAAGGCCACCAAAGUGUUUCUGGUUUUUAUGCCUUUGUAAAACCUGCCGCUCUCUGGAGACUCUGGCCUACAACUCCACUGCUGUAUAAUCCUCUGAUAACUGACGUCCGAUUUCUUACAAAUGUAACUGUCAUGUAAACAAAUGUAAUAAGAUUGUUGUAAUAUCCAUCCUAUUUUGUAUGUACAAGCCUCAUCCAUCAACUACCCUCAGAGCAUAUGUUCAGCUGGCCUGUACAGCAGCAUAUAAGCUUUAUGUUUGUCAGAAUCCAAGUACUAUUUCCCGAUUGUUAAGUGCUAUUAAUCAUUAAGCUGAAGAGGGGACUGUACAUGGAGAAGCACUUUUUGUCAGAUUCACAUUAAGAAGAAUAAGGAAAUCAGCUUGAGGCACAAGCAUCUGCAAUGUUCUUACAAUGUGAUAGUCUACUGUGUGUUAACUGAGAGAAGUACUUUGUAUAUUUCACAAAUGAUAUGAAUAUUUAUUUGCUGUCUGAGUUGUAAGUUAUUGAUAAGACUAUUUCUGCAUUUUAUCAACAUGGAUGUUGUUUCAG